CAACUUUGCAAAAUAAACACAAAUCAAUAACUAUGGGACGAACAGACAGACAGCCAGGCAAACUUCAGUCCUAGAACCCUACUCCGGCCGCCUACUUCGUCCACUGCCAUAAUUACUAUACAUGCCAUUCUUGCUGUACAGAGACUGAGUAUAUUAACUUUGCCAUUUGAUUGGUUACCUCUACGAAAUGAUAGUCAAUCAAGCAGCUAAUAGCUGUAGCUUAAGCGUCCAACUAACUAGUGGGUAUUUGAGCAGUCGGCUAUGGAGCGGUGCUGCCUUUUUUAUUUACACUUAUUGCGGCGAUAAAAGACGUUGCCCGGGGUUCUCAUAAAGCAAUCAAACAUCGUCGGCGUCUUCGUCGUCGUCAUCGUCGUCGUCACAGGACCCCCUUGUCCAACAAUACGGAAACGAAAAAUCCAAUAAAAAUAAAUGUAUGUGAGAAUUAUUCGUGGUUGGUCGCGUGCCGCUGUGGCAUGCAAGCAGCGCCACAGCGGCAGCACCUGUCCGGGCUUAGUUAAUAUUUAGCAGUCGACAGCCGCAGUUCCAUACACUCCGCUCCUUUAAAAUGUCCACACGCCAACCACUCAAUCCGCGCGCCAAUGUUUUCAUUCUGGUCAAUCUGGGCUGUGAGGCGCUCUUCGUAAUUGACCAGCGCCUGAAGGCUCAACAAAUUGCGGCCGACAAGUCGAUUCAAGUCAUACACGAUGUGACGACAGUGCUCUUGGAACCCAAGUUCAUUGAGUCACUCAUCAAUGGGUCAAUGCACAGCAAUGCGCAGCUCCUGACCGCCGAUCACUGCAAGUUCAUGUUGAACGACAUAGCCACCUGUUCGCUAAUGCGUCUGGACGAGACGUCCAUGGAGAAGCUGUGGAAUCUGAUGACCAUGAUGUAUAAAUGGCAACUGUUCGUCUCCCGUCACCAGCACCACUUGCUGGAUAUAACGUUCCGGCACUUGGAUGCCAUUAGCAGACUGUAUCCCGAUGCGAAGCGACAUAUGCUCAUCGAUUUCAGCAAGAAUACGUUACUGGAUUUUUGGAAUCUCUGCGGCGAGGAGCAGCAGCUGUCCAUUUACCGCACCAACAAGGCGUGGCUGGAGUGCUUCAAUACUAAGAUAUCUUUGCUCAUACGGUUGGGUUUUCAGGCGAUGGACGGCAGUUUCUUGAAUCCACUAGAUCAGAGCCACUACGAGGAUUAUGCCCAAUGCAUUGGCGACAAUAUUUACAUUAAGAACAACGAGUUGAUGGAGCAGCAGCAGCAACGCGAGCCGAAUCGGAUGGAUCAGCUGGCAGCCCAACUGAAUGUUAAUCCGAUACAACCAGUAACUGGCGAAGAUUUGCAGCCCAUGGAUGCACGUCAAGUCCAGAAGCAGUUCGAACAAACAUUCUCUAGUAUUUUGUUUACGGACAUGGAAAAUAGCGCGGCGGGGGCAACAACAUCGCAGGCGCAGCGCAACCCCAACGCCUCUGGCUGUGAGUUUGUGCAGCUGUUGGCAACCAACACCAAAGCAGAUGACGUGACCACAGCGAAUCGUACCGGCGGAAUGCUCAAUCAGCAAUUGAUCGAUUUGUAUAGCAAAAUGCAUUGAAGUACCUGUGGAAGUGGAAACGUGGCGAUUUGAGAGAGCGCCAUCUACCGUGCAAUGAGAGCAAGCGCAUAUAAUGCAUAAUUAAAA